AUGAACGGAUUCUGGUUCUCACGGGUGCUAUGGGCAGCCUUCCUGCUGCUCUUCGCGAGCGAGUGUGCAGGACACUUGGUCCCAUCUGACGCUGUUCCGACCAUUUCUAAACGGACCCCUGGAUUAGGUGGAUCGAAACCGCAAAGGGAAGAUUCGGACGUUCAGUCUGUCUGGCGUGGUGAAACCGGCAGGACGCCAGCGGAAGUCGAACAAGAUGGUGGUAUAUACUCGCGUGGUUUUCAGAAAUCCUUGGCCAACAUCAAGUUCAGCGACGACGAGAUUGAAGCGGGCAGCAGCCUCUUCCUUCACACCAAAGGCGGGACAAGGCACUACACGCAGUUCGUUUCUACAACCACCGAUCUCUUCACCGCUCUUUUCUUUGCCGCUGGCCAUGACCCAAAUAAGCCUGGAUACAUCUAUAAAAUCCGAGCCGAUCCGAAAUUGGUCGACGUGAACAAAUCUCUCGGGAGACACUCCCCUUUUGCCGACCAAGCAGAGUUCGCCGCCGUCGGUUUCAUUCCAUUCGACCAAAUUGAGGGUUGGAGGGUCUUUAGUGUGAAAGACCUGAGUAAGAAGCUUGAAAAAGACAUCCGGGCCGGCCGACUGGAUGACUUUUAUAAGGGCUUUCACCAGAAUGACAAGUUCAAUCCCGAAUAUCGGUCACUACGAUCUAGCGGACCUCAACCACAGCUGGCUGGCUUUCCCAAGGAUGAAGUUGCAUGGAAGGAGACUCCGUGGAACGCGUUCGCGGGUCAAGCAGCAUCAAACAAUCUGGCAGAUUUUUGGCAGAAGAUCUGCGGCUCGAAGCUUAUUCAGAUGUCCUUCAAUAAAAACACGAAACAGAAGGUCGAUGCUUGUGAGAUGAUGAGGUUUGGCAAAGGAACGGUAGGCCCCGCGCCCAAGAAGGACCCAACGAAACCGAAGGCACCUAAGGGAACAUCGCGAGGAAAGUCUUCAACGAAACAGGCCAGCAAAACCUCCGGCAAGCCCUCUCGCAAAACCGCCGGCAAGCCCUCUCGCAAAACCGCCGGCAAGACCUCUCGCAAAUCCAUCGGCAAGACCUCUCGCAAAGGUUUUGGCGGCGAAAAGGCCUAA